AUGUAUCGGAACGCAAACCCGUGGAUCUCAAACUACCUGAGCCAUGUCAAGUUCUGCAGACAAGGACUUGGGAGUGAGACCCCCAUCAAACUUGGAAACGCAAGACUUCUACAGAAGACGGCUCUCGGCUUCCAGAAAGAGUUUUCGUUCGAAGGGAAGGACGACCCAGCCAAGAACACCAAGGAUAUAGAUGUCAAGCUCUUGGCAAAACUCCCCAAAGUCAGUGUGUCUGACUCUGUGUGUAGGAAAGAGAGGAUUGCCCGGCGGUUGGAGGGUAUAGAAAGUGAGGUGCAGCCCGCCAUAUUACCCAGCUGCCCCGGCCUAGUGACCAAUCGGCUGCUAGAGGAAGACACACCCCGUUACACACGUGCCUCGGACACCUGUGACCCCUGUGUCGAGAUGAUGACCCAUCAGCAGGUCACUGCUCCAGAGAGGCAGUCCAGAGCCCGGAGCCGGCCUGAGGGCCAGACCGUCCCAACUGAACCCAUUUACAGCUCUGACUCCGCAGGUACCGACCUGGACUCCAAGGCAGAUCGGAUUGCUCGCUACAAGGCGGAACGGCGUCGGCAGCUGGCCGAGCGCUACGGUAUGUCUCUGGACCAGGAACCAGACGCCACCACCGAUCACUUCUCCUCCCGAUCUGGCUCCGCCCGUGGUCGCAAGGAGUCUGACACCUCUUCGGUGAGGCAGCAGGGCUACACAAAUGUCAAGCCACGCCCCAGGGCGGAGUCUGUGGGGGAUGAACCCUCCUACACCUCAGGCAGCUCCAGGGUGGGGAGAGUGGCCCCCCAGCCACAAGGCUCCGGCGAGCCUGGCCAGGGGCGACCCAGGGUGGACUCGUUCACGGAGAGGGAGAGGGUGAUGAACCUGGAGAACCAGCGCAGGGCGGGGCAGCAGGAGAGGAACAUCAGUGCCCUCGAGCCGCCGCUUCCCUCUUCAGCCAGCUACAUGGAUGUGACGUCAUCGUCGCCCACCUCGGCCAAGGUGCCCGUCGCUAACGACUACACCAUCACAGGGGUGCCCCCCAGCUCGCCCAAGACGACCCGGAAGUCCUCGCUGCCCAACCCCAAACAGGGGGUGUCCCCUGGGGACCUGUUCAUAGAGCAGCAGGCCCACAACAUCCUCGGCAGACAGGGAAUCAGAGUUAGGGAGAGGCUCGUCAGGGAAGAGGGAAUACGACAGAGUCCAGAGCUGGGCCACCGUGUCGCUGAGGCCCCCCUGUACAGGAGACACCCCCAGCCCCGGGCCACCACCUGCCCCACAGCCCACCACCAUGACCCCCAGGCUCCACCCUACACCACCACCAACCCUCCAGGCCCACAGCCAGCCUACUCUCACCCCCAGCCUCAGCUCACCCGUUCUGGGCUGAUUGAUGACCCCAGCUAUCUGUCCAUGGACACUGGCCCCGGUCCAAAGAUCAGACGCAGGGAGAAGAGCACAGAGGACCCGCGUGGCAGCGGCCCCAGGAGGGUCAGCAGGGGAGAGGAGGAGCAGGCUGGCUACAGCAGGGCCCGAGAAGGCCAGGGAGUAGGACACGGGAGGAAGGCUGAGCCGGAGGGGCCCAGAGGAGGGUGCAUGGGAGGAGGGAGAACCAGGAUGAGACUGGAGGAACCAGACACAGACCCUGAACCAAUCAGACCUACAGGGGAACAUGUCUCCCGCCUGCUGGCCGCAGAGGUCAGAGCCUCAGAGGAGCGCCAACAACCGUGGAAUGACGACGCCAUUUACAUCCAGACCAGGGGAGGAGCCAUGACCACAGACGCUCCCGUCUCCUCCAGGCGCCCCACGUCGGACACUGGGGCCCCUAGAGGCUCCAUCCCCAAGACCCAAGAACCAGGGCCAGGGUGGGUCAGAGAGGCAGCAGUCCUGCAACAAUGGGCCAGUGAGGAUGGGGUCAGUAACGGAGACCAGAGCCCACCAGAGACCAGGGACGCUCGUGUAUCUGUGGCCAAGCUUCGCCACUCCUACCUGGAGGGUGCUACGACUGCUACUGCCCCAGUCGUCAGGAAACCGAAGCUGGAGGAAGAGGUAGAUUGGGUGUACCCGGGGGGUACGGGGGUCCCCUGGAGAGGGCAGCGGGACAGUACGGAUGUCCCGUGGAGGGGGGACAGGGGGCGCAGGCCCAGACUCUACAUCUCCCCUGGAGAGAGUAGAAAGACUUCCGAGAGGUUUAGGACCCAGCCCAUCACCUCGGCUGAGAGACAGCUGUCUGAUAGGUCUUGUUUGGGCCCAGAUCUACCCAGCACUGAAGCGGAUGAAGAGAAGUUGGAUGAGAGGGCCAAGUUGAGUGUUGCAGCCAAGCGGUCUCUCUUCAGGGAGUUGGAGAGGAACACUGACGGGGGCGCCCCCAAACCCCAGUCCCGGAACUCGGCCAUCGAGAGGCGACUGAGACGCAUCCAGGACCGCUCCCGUACCCAGCCAGUCACCACUGAGGAGGUGGUCAUUGCUGCCACCCUGCAGGCGUCCUCACAGCGAAGCGCUGCGGCCAAGGAGCAGGCCAGGGAGGCACGGCGGGUCCAGGAUGCCCUGGAGGUCCAGAGGGAGGGGCACGAAUCAAAAACCCAGCAGGGUCAUGGGGACGCAGAGCCAGAUCUGUCCACCCUCAGCCUGGCAGAGAAGAUGGCUCUGUUCAACAGGCUGGCCCAGCCUGCUACCAGGGUGACCCGGACCAGGCCUGAUACCAGGGGGCGCAGGGCCAACGCCCGCUACCAGACCCAGCCCAUAACCCUGGGAGACAUGGAGCAGGACCCCUCAGACACAGACACUUUUGAUGAACAGGAGCUGUGUGACGAGGGCCCAGUAGAAGUCCCUCAGGGCCAGAGUGACAUUACACAAAUCCAAGCCGGAGCCAGGGUCGACCAGCUCUCCUCAUCAGCUCUCAGACCUGGGGCCACGGUCUCCACAGACCACGCAGGGGACAUCCACCUGGCCAGGGAUUGCGGGGGUAGCCCUGCCGAGGCCGCUCUCGCUGCACCCAACCCUGGGUACUACGAGAGCUCCAUCCCCCGCCACACCAGUCCUCCCACCCAGAUCACAGAACCCUUCAGUGCCGUCUGGAAGUCUGUGCCCGGCCCCCACCACCAGGCCUCUCUGGAUCUCCAAAGCCACCAGGCUGACACGACCACAGUCCUCCCCCAAGAAGAGGAGCACGGUCUGGGAGGAGGGAAGAGGAAGCUGCCCUCUCCAGAGGGAGUUGUCAGACAGGCUCCCCUGUCCCAGCCUCCGGCCUGGUCUGGGGAGACGGAGUGGGAGGAGGUGCAGCGUGUAGCCAGGAGAGGUGAGGGUGUGGAGCCCCAGCGCUCGUUGAUGAGAUCAGAGAGCCAGGACCAGAGACUGCACCAGGAGCAGAGGGGCUAUCUAAGACCGUUAUCACAAGAACUGCAGGACCCAGAUAGACUUGGGUCAAAGGUCAUCAGCACUGACCUGCCGGAGCCCAGCGUGUCAUCGCUGAGAACAGCAGUAGCAGCAGGGCCACUAAGGAGUGUGUCUCUCACUCCACACACACAGCUGUCUCAGGAGCUGGGCGGAGCGGACACGCACACGGACCGCAGCAGUGGUCUGGGACACACACACAGCCUGGUCCAGUCGGAGCAGGAGGACAUGGAGCUCUCCGAAGCCAUGUCAGCUAGACAGAUGUCCAUCAAAGACAGGCUGGCCCUAUUGAAGAAGAGUGGCGAGGAGGACUGGAGGAACAGGAUUAAUAAGAAGCAGGACGUGGUGAAGGUGGCCGUGUCAGAAUGCCAUGCUCAGCUAUGGGAGGUGGAGCAGAGCUUCAAGAAGGAGGAAGGGAUGAUGAUGAUCGAUGAGUUGGCUGUGUCUGAUCAGCUCUGGCAGAGGAUGGGUGGAGGAGAGGAGACCCAGAGCCGCCGUAUAGACAUGUCUAUCCUGGAGAGGAAGCAGCUGAUCGUGGCCCGAGAGGAGGCCUGGAAGUCCAAGGGCCUCGGGGCUGCCAACGACUCCACGCAGUUCACCGUGGCCGCACGCAUGGUCAAGAAAGGUCUGGCUUCUCCUUCAGCUCUCAUCAACAGCUCUGUCAUGUCUCUCCUCUCCAAACCCAAGAACACCACUCCUGCCAUCUCCAAGCCUCUAGAAGAGAUCGAGGCAAAACCGGACAUGAACCUGGAGUCAGACAGGAAGUUGGAUAAGCUGGAGUCUUUCCUGGGCAGGUUGAACAGUAAAGUGGGCGGCCUGCGGGAGUCCACCAUCACGGUGACGGAGAAGACGGUCAAAGAGGUCAUGAACUUGGAUGAUGAGAUGUUUGAUAAGUUCUACCGCCAAGUGGCUGAGAUGCCCCUGAACAUGAACAGCAAGGUGGACAUCAACGAUGACUUUGACGACAUUUUCGGUGGUACACAGAUGCCCAAGCUGACCUCCGCCAUGGUGCAACACAAGCGGUCCGUGCGUCCGGUGCGCAACGUCCAGUCGUCCAGGAACCCUCUGAAGAUGCUGGCGGCCAGAGACGACAUCAGACAAGAGUACACGGAGCAGAGACUCAACAUCGGCCUGCUGGAGAGCAAGAGGAUGAAGGAGGAGAAGAUGAGUAAGAACAGUGGAUUCUCGGAGGUGGCUCUGGCUGGGCUGGCCAGUAAAGAGAAUUUUAGCAGCGUCAACCUGCGGAGCGUCAACAUCUCCGAGCAGAUGUCCAACAACAGCGCCGUGCCCUACAAGAAACUCAUGCUCAUGCAGGUCAAAGGCCGACGGCACGUCCAGACCAGACUAGUGGAGCCCAGAGUGUCCUCUCUGAACAGCGGGGAUUGCUUUCUGCUCAUCACUCCUCAUCACUGCUUUGUCUGGACUGGAGAGUUCGCCAACGUCAUCGAGAAGGCUAAGGCUGCUGAGUUGGCCCAGUUCGUUCAGACCAAGAGAGAUCUGGGUUGCCGUGCCAACUAUGUAGAGCUGAUCGAGGAGGGCAUCAACACACACAGCUAUGCUGCCAAGGAGUUUUGGAAGAUUCUGGGCGGACAGGCCAGCUACCAGUCCGCGGGGACGCCAGACGAGGAUGAGCUGUAUGAGAGCGCCAUCGUAGAAACCAACUGCAUCUACCGCCUAGUGGAUGACAAACUGGUCCCCGAUGACGAUUUCUGGGGGAAGGUUCCCCGAUGCACCCUGCUCAGCCCCAAACAGGUGUUGGUGUUGGACUUUGGCAGUGAGGUGUAUGUCUGGCACGGUAAGGAGGUGACUCUGGCCCAGAGGAAAGUAGCCUUCCAGCUGGCUAAACACCUGUGGAACGGAACCUUCGACUACACCUGCUGUGACAUCAACCCCCUGGACCCUGGAGAGUGCAACUCACUCAUACCCAGGAAGGGCCAGGGCCGUCCGGACUGGGCUGUAUUUGGGAGGUUGACACAACACAAUGAGACCACCCUGUUCAAGGAGAAGUUCCUGGACUGGACAGACUCCAAGAAGAAAGGCACAACCAAAAACGGCCACGAACACCUCAACGAACACAAGGAGCAACAGAGCUCGGAACAGAAUACGCCGCGGUCCUACGAUGCUUCCUUGAUGCUGCCGUUACUCCAGACCCCGGUGCGCACGGUGCUGGAUGGGGUGGACGUGGGUCGGGGCUACGGCCCUGUGGCGGGGGACGACCGCAGGCACUUUGAGAUCAGUACCACUGCCGUGGACGUAUGGCACAUCCUGGAGUUCGAUUACAGCCGGCUGCCCAAGCAGAGUAUCGGACAGUUCCAUGAGGAAGACACGUACGUGGUGAAAUGGAAGUACAUGGUGAGCACCGCAGUUGGGAAGAGACAUAAUCCGGACGCGGUGAGGAGUGCAGGAGCUGGGAAGGAGAAGUGUUCCUAUUUCUUCUGGCAGGGACGGAAUUCUACCGUCAACGAGAAGGGAACGUCCGCUCUGAUGACUGUCGAACUGGACGAGGAGAGAGGAGCGCAGGUCCAGGUGCAGCAGGGGAAAGAGCCUCCAUGUUUCCUGCAGUGCUUUAAUGGCGGGAUGGUGGUCCAUGCAGGGAAGAGAGAAGAGGAGGAGGAGAACUCUCAGAAUGACUGGCGGUUGUACUGUGUGCGUGGUGAGGUCCCUGUGGAGGGCCACCUGCUGGAGGUAGCGUGUCACUGCAGCAGCCUGCGCUCCCGCACCUCUAUGGUGCUGCUCAGUGUCUCCAAGGCAACCAUGUACUUGUGGCACGGCUGCAAGGCUCAGCUCCACACCCGCGACGUGGGGAGCACCACCGCCAACAAGAUCAAAGAGCAGUGUCCAUUGGAGGCGGGGCUCCACAGCAGCAGCAAGGUGACCAUCCAUGAGUGUGACGAGGGGACAGAGCCUACGGGAUUCUGGGAGGCUCUGGGGAGGAGAGAUCGGAAGGCCUACGACUGCAUGAUACAAGAUCCAGGGAAGUUCAAUUUCACCCCUCGUCUCUACCAGCUGAGCAGCACGUCUGGAGAGUUUGUAGCUGUGGAGUUCUUCUACCCAGCCAGAGUAACAGAGGAGGUCAACUCACUGCCCUUCCUACAGGAGGACCUCUACAAUGCCUCACAACCAGGCCUGUUCCUGGUAGACAACCACCAUGAGGUGUACCUGUGGCAGGGCUGGUGGCCCCAGGAUGGCGAGAGCCCCGGCUCUGCCCGUAUCCGCUGGGACGCGGACAGGAAGUGUGCCAUGGAGACGGUGCUGCAGUACUGCACAGAGAAGAAUGAGAAGAAGCCUCCCAAGUCAUAUCUGAUCCAUGCGGGACUUGAACCUCUAACCUUCACCAACAUGUUCCCCUGCUGGGAACACAGAGAGGACAUCGCUGAGAUCACUGAAAGGGAGGCGGAGGUGUGUAACCAAAUCAUCCUGGUAGAGGACGUGUUGGCACGGCUGUGUAAGACCACCUACCCCCUGGCGGACCUGCUGGCGCGGCCCCUACCCGAGGGAGUGGACCCCUUACGCCUGGAGAUCUACCUAGACAAUGAUGACUUUGAGGGUGUAGGGGCUUAUGGGAAGAAAGGGCUGGAGAUGUCAAGGGAUGAGUACGAGCUGUUGCCAGGCUGGAAGCAGGUGAAUGUGAAGAAAGCCAAAGGAUUGUUUUAGUACGUUGGACAGAACGCUUAACCACCGGACAGCAGCAUCAUCAUCAGCAAGCGACGGUCGGUCGCUGAGGUGCAUCGGGGUUCGAUUGGAACGAGGACCCGCCACUGAACUCUUUAGUUUGACCAAGAACGCCUUCACUUCUGAACUGGAGAGAGCUCGGAAACAGGCUCUUCUGAGUACCCUUCUCCACGAUGGAGGGAGGAAGGAGGAGAGAUGCAGUGGGUGGAGGGAGUGAAAGAUCAGCAGAGGUGUGCAAGCCUCUUGUCGUCUUUUUUUCUUUUAUUGGUAUUGUUGGUUCCCAUUGUUGAUUUGUAUUAUAAUUAUAAAUGGAGAGGGUUCAGAGACGUGUGUGUGAGUGAAUGGACUCUUGAGUGGAUGUUUAUGUAUUGUCAGCACCCGGCUUGUUAAAUCUACACAGUAUGUGUGGUUGUCCGUGUGUGUGUGUGUGUGUGUGUGUGUGUGUGUGACCAUGCCUUUACAGUAUCAACCAUACAGGGUCUGUCAGCUGUUCUGGGAGCAGGAAAACCACUCUGCUCGACACACUCCGAACAGACUCUUUCUGUAAGCUGUUUCUUUGGUGUGUUUGUCUUUCCAAAAAUAAUUUAUAUUUAUAUUGACAUAUAUAAUAGGAAUAAAAAAGCCUUUUGAGUAUUCAGUCGGUGAGCUAAGAAAUGAAAUAAAUGUUUGUGUUAUUCAUGUUGAGGUUGUCAUAUGUUAAGUAGUGGGACAAUAAUGCUCCUUUCCCCCAGAGACUGUACAUGUCGCCAUUUUAUUGAAGAAAUCCUGUAUCUAGUGCAUUCUGUUGUAUCUGUUGUUAUUGCUAUGAGGAUGUCCUGCAUCGGUCAGGUGCUCAGAUUGAAGAGAAGUGUUAUAUUUUACGGGCAUGAAUUGACAGAAAUAAAAAGAGAAAGGAGAAGGAUCUUUCUAUUUGAAUUCAACAAUGUAUAGUGCCUUGCUUUGAUGUACACUUUAUAUACAGGAAGACGGUAGUCUGUGUUAUAAAGACUCCCUUUGUGAUAAAGUAUAUUGGAGAAAUAAACACUUAAAGUAA